AUGCGAAUUUUUCAACUUUGGACGAUAAGUCACUAUGUCAAGGCUCUUCUUGUCCUCCUCUCACGACCUGCGAAUGUCGAACAGCUCGCUAAGUUGUCCGCAGAUGGAUGGGAGGCUGCCGCCACAUUCUGCCUCGAUGCCGUAUCGGGCUUCCUCGCCUACGUUGACCAAGAUGCUAGCGCCCUCUCGCGCGCGUCCCCAGCACCUGGGAGUGCACCGCUCACGAGAUCCUCCGGGAGGUCCAGCCUGGACCCCGGGUCGAGGAUCACAGGACACAUAGGCCAAUCUACCCUGGUGGACCUCCUAGAGUGCCUGCAUUUCCUGAUGCUGGCGCCUAAUGCUCCUGUUCUCCGGUUCGCACACGAAGUUUGCCAGCCUCUCGUUAAAGUCUUGCGGAUCAAGCAAAUCAAGAUUGGUAGAACUCAGCAGUUCUCAUUUGCGACGCUUAACACCGUCCUUGCACGGAUAAGGCUUGAUAAUCUUCAGCUGGCACAAACCCUCACCACUCAGCUGGUCCCCAUAGUUUCUCACUGGUGGGUAUUAUCAGGCGAUGAUGCAUGGGACCUUCUCGGAGAUUUACUUGGCUUGGUAACCGCGAAGGAGGCUUCCGUUGCCUCUUGGGCCAUGCUUUCCGCUGCAAGCUGUGCCUUGAGGAGAGACGCUUCUAAUCCAAAUCUGGCUUCGACGUGGAAGCAGGUAUGGCAGACCGUCGUGCGCAGCGUCAGUCUCCCAGGUGUUAGUCGAUCCGCCUGUGUCCUCUUGCAUACAUUGCUUGAAGCGGAUCUUGUUAGCUAUCAUGUCAUUUCUAAUGACAUUAACGACAUGGUUACUACGGCGGACAUCAACGGCCCAGCUAUCCUGACGGACUCUUCUGUGCUACUCAUGUUGCAUCUCCUGCAGCUUCGAAAUCUCAAGCUUCCAAGCGCGAGCCAGGCGACCUGUAACCAUGUCAUACGAUCGACUGAUGGGUUUCUCCAACUCUCUGCCGAGCGCCUCCAAAGCCUCUUCACAGCCUGCGUCUUUGGCUCCAUGGCGUUGCCUCAGCUCGUGGAUUUGAACAUGAGACAGUCUCGGGAUAUAGAACCCAUGGUGUUCAAGCUCCUUGACGAUACCCUUGUCGCCGUCCUCGACUCACACGAGUCCCAAUCCUUCAUCGAUAUCCUGCUGAGGGCGAUUCGUCCUAUUCUUCCCCAACCUUCCGCCGCGGGGCUUCACUACCUGAUCGCUGAGCACAAGCCCCUUCUCGUCCUCUUCUCGAAACUCUCGUCUGCCUUGAAAGAAUUCUCCCAACGCCAGUCCUCUGGGCAAAACCUAGACUAUAUGGACUUAGAUGACGAAUUUGACUCACAAACAAGCAGAUCGACCUCGACCUCCCGGCCUGUUGAAGUACCUAGACUUUUAAGCAAUCUCUGCUUAGACUCUAGCGCAUACUAUCUAGAAUCGACUGUACACCUAAAACUUCUCUCCCUGAUAUCGAGUGAUGAGGGCCAGAUCAGCUUAGUUCCUGACCCAUUCAUUGACCACAUUGUGGCACUAAACGAUGAGGAAUUCCUUCUCAGCCAAAAUGCAAUCCUCAAUGUCUUCCAUGCUGAUCUCCUCGUCAGUCCGGACCAAGCCUUCCGCGUGGUUGAAAGAGUUGGGAGUAUCAUUGGUGUCUUUCCGGAAUAUGACUGCUGUGAGGUUGCCCUCUCAUGCUGCAUCAAUCUCAUUGAGGCUUUGCUGUCAACAUGGAUCGAUGUCAAGCACAGAGUCGCAGACAUGGUAGGAGACCUCUAUCAUCAUCUUGCGAAGACAUGUUUGCAUAGCAACCAACUAUCCCCAGACACCCAAAUUGCGCUCUCCAAGUUACUGCUGUCAAUCAUGAAAGUCGAUACCCAAUACGCGGACAAGAUCAAGCUUUCAUCCUGUCGAUCGACGCUCCUGAGCAUUGAGCAACAAGGGACAAUGCCAGUCAAGUUCUUCGUGGGCGCACAUAUAUCAGAUAUAUUUGGUCUCUAUGUCCUCAAGGUCCAUGAUGAAAUAUUUGUCGAUGUCUUGAGUAGCCUUCCAGCGGACCAGGAGAAUACAGAGGGCGAGGCACUCCAGCGACUUGCUGAUAACCUUGGAAAGACCUCGUCUGACGUGGUGCUGGACAACUUUUCGAAAAUUAUGGCAUAUGCAAUCGCGCAUAGCAUCGCCAGAUCCAAAAACAGGCCAGAUCCCAGUAGCCACGAUAGCGGGUCGAAAGAUACCAGUAGCCGUGUCUCGGAAGAGCGAGGUGAGGGCUGGGUGAGGAAGCUGUUGGGUUCUCAGGCUUUCAUCGAGGCCAUCUAUGCCAACUUCACUGAUAUGGUUGCCCAUUUCAUGGAUUUAUUCGACCAGGAGGAUCCCAUUGAGCAAUACUUCGUGGGCCCGCUCAGUCCUGCCGCCGAGAUACUUGCCGAGAUCAAGAAGUUCUCUCAUUCCGAGGUCCGCCUGCCACCAAACCAACAGCCCGUCUUCAAGGGACGCCAACUCGUGCGCCAACUCAGUCACCUCUGUAACCUGGCUCCGAAGUAUGAACUCACAACCUUGUGGACACCGGCUCUUGUAGUAUUUGUGGCACGAAGGCUGAUCAACACGAUUCACCCCGCCCUUGGCUCGCUACAUGCGUGCUCCGUCCUCAGGAAACUGAGAAUUCUCAUAUGUCUAGCUGGUCCUGUUGCUCUCGACUCUUACCCUCUUGAGAUGUUACUUCGCUCUGUACGAGCGUUCAUCGUUGACUCGGAGUCUGCUGACGAUGCAAUGGGGAUCAGCCAGUACCUAAUUACCAAGGGAAGUGCGCAUUUGGAGCAGAGCCCAUCGUUCCUCGCGGGGUAUGCGCUGUCGACCUUGGCCUCCCUGAGGGUAUUUUUGGAGUCGAGCCAGUCAAGCACGACCCAGGAGAGCCAGUUCAAGGCGACCAUGGGCAAAGCUAAACAAUUCCAUUCAUGGUUCAGCAAGUAUCUCGUGGGAUAUUCCGCUCCUGCGUUCAAGACCGACCCUCAGCAGGAAGCUAUCUUCAAGUCAAUCACGAAGUCUGCUGCCCAUAUCAGGUCCUCCGGCAAUGCUGACAAGGGAACCCACGAGAGCAAUCUGCUCUUAGAGAUUCUCCGGGAUGAGGGUAGACAGGUUCAAUUGCUCAACGAUUCAUCUCGGGAUUUAGCUCUUGGUCUCUUAUGUGGAGAUUUUCAGUUCCCGUCAUCAACUCAAGAAGACAUUGUAGAGACCGACCAAGAUGCCAUUACGCAGGCACCUGUUGUCUGGAAAAGUUGCAUAAACCAGGCCCUAAGCGACCAGUAUCUUGCGUGGGCUGGCAGAGUUGCUGGGAGAUCUUUUGCUGCGUCGGGAACCAUUCCGGAGGAACUUCUUCAGGAAUCCCGCCUUUCCCAGUAUCUUCUCAUUGCACCUGGGUCCAACGGCUCCCAGCGAGGUAUCCUCCAUCUCCUCCAGGGACUAACUACCAAUACGAGCCCGUCUACUGCCGGUCUCGCAGAGGCUGCACUGAGGUGCAUCGUAUCGGAGGCAAGGGCGGCGCAAGAUGAUCCUCUCACAGUUGCCUGCCAGGAGUCCUUGAGCGAAACGACGUUUCUCACCUCCGACUGGGGCGAGUAUUAUCCCCCGCCUUCCGAGUGUCCUCUCUCGAGCCUCCAGCCGAAGAGCGGCUGUUUGCGAAAGGAAAUAUUGAGUCAAAUGACUGGCUUCAGCGCCUUUAUAGAUCAACAGCAAGUGGUCAAACGCAAGGUGUCCGAAGCGUUCAAGGAUUGGCUCUCCGUGAACAGCAAACCGGCCAAGGACAACCAGAAGUUGGUUAUUAACGCCCUCCUUUACCUUAGAACGCAAAAGCUACCAAACGAGACCUCAAUUGCAGAUCGAAUCCAUUGGCUUGACGUAGACGUUUUAGCCGCCGCCGCCACAGCCUCGAGAUGUGGAAUGCACAAAACCGCGCUCUUGUUCGCCGAGUCUGCGCCGACUGAUGGCCGUCAAUCUAGACGUACAUCGGCGGCCAGGGAAACAGGUUCAAGCGAUCUGUUGCUGACGAUAUACGAGAACAUUGACGACCCUGAUGCUUACUACGGUCUGUCGCAAAACUCAAGUCUCGCGAGUGUUUUGGCAAGGCUCGAGUAUGAAAAGGACGGUACAAAGAGUCUUGCCUUCCGUGGAGCGCAGUAUGAUAGUCAUAUUCGCAUGCGUGAUUCCAGCUCAGAGCAGGACGGAAAGUCGCUUGUGCGUGCCCUGACCACUCUGGGUUUGGCUGGGCUAUCUCAUUCAUUGCUGCAAACCCAGCAGAGUCUUGACGGCGCCCCUACAUCCCUAGAGACGACCUUCCAAACGGCACGGCGCCUCGAGCAGUGGAACCUCCCAGUCCCCGCAUCGACUAAUAAUUAUGCUGCCACCGUGUAUAAGGCAUACCAGACCGUUCACCAAGCUUGUGAAAUAUCCACGAUUCGCAAGACGAUCCACGACGGAUUUGGAGAAACCAUGCGCGCUCUUGUAAGCCGCGACUAUAACAUCACUAGUCUUCGUCAACACCUUGGCGCACUAGCUGUUCUCUCCGAGCUAGACGAUAUUGUCAAUAUUACGGCCCUCCCCGAUCUUGAGUCAGUGCUCUCGAAUUUCGAAACUCGCUCCCGGUGGAUGCGGAGCGGGAGAUACGAUGACAUCAGCCAUAUCCUCUCAUGCAGAGCUACAACAAUGAGCAUGCUAGGUCAACAGGCAGUCCUCAGAGCAAAGGCUACCCUUUCUCCCGGAGACGCCCGCAGCAUGGAGAUCAAGUCUAUGCUCAUGUCGUCCGGCAUCUAUCGGUUCCACCAGGCGACUCAGGAGUGUCUGAAUCUUUCUACGGCGCUGACAGAUAUGAUUGAGCCGUGUGAAAAACUAGGACUCGUCGUAGAUGCCGCCGUUCGGAUAGAGGCUGCAAACUCGCUGUGGGACUACGGGGAGAUGACGGCCUCGAUUGGAAUACUGCUCAACAUCGAUCAAGACUCGGCCCUCAAGAAGCAAACGGUACCGGUAAGCCGCGCAGAUCUACUUUCCAAGAUUGGCCAUCAAGUCUCCGUGGCUCGCCUGGAAAAGCCCCACGAUAUACAAAAGAAAUAUCUUGAGCCCGCUCUCAAGGAGCUCAAGGGUAAAAACAAAGGCAAGGAGGCGGGCAAGGUGUUCCACCAGUUCGCCAUGUUUUGCGAUGAGCAGCUCCAGAACACAGACGGCUUGGAAGAUCUCGCCAGGCUACAAAACCUGCGACAAGGCAAGAGUGAUGAGGUGAUGCAGCUCAAGGAUCUCAUCGCCAGCACAAAGGAGACGCAGCUAAAGAACAGGUAUACCAGCUAUCUCGCAAAGGCGAGACAGUGGCUUGAGCUUGACGAGCAGGAGCUACGGAGAGUGGAACAGACCCGGAACGAAUUUGUGCGGCUCAGUCUAGAGAAUUACCUGCUCUCCCUCAUUGCAUCGGAUUCGUACAACAACGACGCAUUACGGUUCACGGCCCUCUGGCUCGAGAAGGCCGAGGAUGAGGCAAUCAACGAAGCUCUGACAUCCAGACUCCAAGACGACACAAGUUUAUUCCAGCGCCUCCUUUUCGGCAUGGUGCUAAACAUCUGCGUUGAUCACCCUUACCACGGUAUGUAUCACAUUUGGGCGGGUAUGAACUCGCGCCUCAACAAGCGGGACGACGUAGCGGUCUCUCGACAUCGAGCGACAGAAAAAGUUGCGAAACACCUUGCAACCACCCGAGAAGUUGCUGGGACGUGGCAAGCAAUUGACAAGACGAGCAAAUACUACCACAUACUGGCCGCCGACCGCAAUCCGGACAAGUACAAGAAUGGGGCGAGAUUGCGAUUGAAGGAUUGUCCGGCCGCACACAACCUCUUGAGUUGUCUGAUCCGAUAUCCAAUUCCGCCGCCGACAAUGCAAAUGGAAUUGUCAGCCGAAAAGGACUACACCAAAGUCCCAUUCAUCACAGCCCUGGAGCCGACCAUGUCUAUCGCAUCGGGCAUCAGUGCGCCAAAGAUCAUCACGGCUUUGGGAAGCGAUGGUGUUAGGUACAAACAGCUUGUCAAGGGCGGUAACGACGACUUAAGGCAAGACGCCAUCAUGGAACAGGUUUUUGCGGCCGUCUCGUCUCUUCUCAAACUUCACCGCGCGACACAGCAACGUAACCUCGGGAUCCGAACGUACAAGGUCCUUCCUUUGACUGCAUCUUCAGGCCUCAUCGAAUUCGUCCCCAACACGAUUCCGCUGCACGAGUUCCUCAUGCCAGCACACGAGCGCUAUCAUCCCAAGGACUACAAGGGUGGGCAGUGCAGGCGAGAAAUCAGCAACGUGCAGGGGAAAUCUGUAGAGGUGAGGGUGUCGACGUAUCGCAAGGUUACUGAGAGAUUCCGGCCAGUGAUGCGAUACUUCUUCAUGGAAUACUUUGUCGAUCCGGAUGAAUGGUACGCCAAGAGACUCGCGUAUACAAGAACGACUGCAGCCAUUUCUAUGUUGGGCCAUAUCCUAGGCCUUGGAGACCGGCACGGGCACAAUAUCCUUCUUGACACUAAAAACGGCGAAGUCGUACACAUUGACCUCGGCGUGGCCUUUGAAAUGGGCCGUGUGUUGCCGGUGCCCGAACUCGUACCCUUCCGUCUAACACGAGACAUUGUGGACGGAAUGGGAAUAUCCAAGACGGAAGGUGUUUUCCGCCGAUGCUGCGAGUUUACGCUAGACGCCUUGCGAGAAGAGACUUACUCAAUCAUGACAAUCCUCGACGUUCUUCGGUACGACCCUCUAUACUCGUGGUCCAUCUCGCCUGUGCGACUGGCCAAGCUUCAAGACGCAAGGAGGGAUGAUGAUGAGAGUGAGGAACUUGAUGAACAGGAGGCAGAGAAGAAUCGACGUAAAGGUAAUAGGGUCAACGAACCCUCUGAAGCAGACCGGGCUUUGGAGGUGGUCAAGAAGAAGUUGUCAAAGACAUUGAGCGUCACAGCAACGGUCAACGAUUUGAUCAACCAGGCGACAGACGAGAGGAACUUGGCGGUUUUAUACUCUGUCAACUUCCCUAUGCCGCCCCCGAUCGCCCUAUCGCCCGCCAACGCCGCCACUACCGCUUCGACGAACCCAGAUCCCGCCCACGCCGACAACGUACAGUCUCCCCUCCAGGAAUCCAAGAGACGACGGACCCUCAGCUCCGACUCGCGCGCCCCCUCGUCCGCACCGGCCAUGAAACGGCCAAGAAUGACGGACGCUUCGGCUCAGUUGCAGCGACCGAUUCCGAUAGGCACCGGCAAGGAUCCCAUGAGUGGCUUCGGGCCCCGGACGAUGAGGACCACGGUCAAGAAGCUCGUCAUAAAGAAUCGCCGCGUGGACGGCUCCGACUACCUGGCCGAGGUUGAAAAGUACUUUGACUCGGUGUGGACGGAGGUCUCGGCAGCGCUGGGCGAUAUCUUGCAGAACAAGAGGCCGAAAAUCCCCUUUGACAGGAUAUUCAGAGAUGUGGAAGAUCUCUGCAGAAAUAACAAGGAGGCCGAAGUCUAUAAGAAACUCAUUUCGGCUUGCGAGAAGCACCUCUCAGAAGUGGUCUUGAACAACAUCAAGAGUGCUCAAAAGGGUAAUGAUACGGACACCGAUGUUCUUGCCUCGGUGCUCUCAGAGUGGAAGAUUUGGAAUGAGAAAUCUAAAAUUAUCCGCUCUACGUUUGCCUAUCUUGAUGCUAGCUAUCUAGCGAGGCAGAAAGAACUGCUACAAAUUAACGACGCCCUCAUCUCCAAGUUUCGGAAAAUGCUCUCAAGCGGCUCAGGCUCCAAAUUUGCCGACGGUCGGAGUGUCAGCCUCGUUGUUGCUGAUGGCAUGUGCCAGUUGAUUCACUUCGACCGGGUGGGCGAUGAUAGAUUCAACUCAAGCUUGCUGAGAGAGACGGUGUCGAUGCUCCACAUCUUUGGUGUAUACGGAAAGUGGUUUGAACCGAGGCUACUCGAAACUUCGGACGAUUACUUCAAGGACUUUGCUAGCGAUCGAAGUAUGGCGAGCCUUGGCGAAUAUAUCAGACAAUGUCGGGCGCUCGUUAAUGGAGAAUCGCAUCGUUGCGAUAUGUACGCCCUCGACAGCUCAUCCAAGCAGCAGCUGCUAGCACUGCUGCAUAAGAACCUCAUCCAUGCACACCUGCAGAAGCUCUUGGAUCUCACGAGUAUCUCUCGGUUAAUCGAGGGCGAAGAGAUCGAGUCGGUGGCUACUCUCUACCACAUCCUCAAGCUCUCGGAUAUACAUGAUAAGCUCAAGAAACCGUGGGGGCAAUAUAUCCGCGAAACAGGUGCGAGAAUCGUGCAGGAUACAGAAAGGGGCGAUGAGAUGGUGACAAGGUUACUGGGUCUUCGACGGUCUCUCGACGGGAUCCUCCGGGAAGCGCUCGAGAAAGACGAUGGGUUCCUGUGGACAUUGAGAGAGGCGUUCAGCGACUUUAUGAAUGAUCGGAAGAACGUGCAGGGCUGGGACUCCGGGCAGGCCAAGCUUGGGGAGAUGAUUGCCAAGCAUGUCGACCUGCUGCUUCGGGGAGGCCUCAAGGCUCUUCCAAGAGCUCUCUUCACAAACAGCAUCGAUCGCCUAGAGGCCGAAUCCACGGGCGUCUUGUCUGCGGCAGACGAAGAUGGCGAGCUAGAACAUCAAGUCGACCAAGCCAUUGCCCUGUUCCGCUUUGUUGAAGGAAAGGAUGCUUUUGAGGCCUUUUACAAGCGAGACCUGGCACGCCGCCUUCUUAUGGAUAAGAGCGCGAGCCAAGACGCAGAGCGGAUGACGUUGGAGCAAAUGUUCAAGGACAAGGCGCUAGCCAAAGACGAGAUGGCGGGAUACAAGCAGGCGUGCGAGGCUGCCAACUACAAGUUGCCAUUUGACCUUCAAGUCAUGGUGCUCUCUUCUGCGGCGUGGCCCAGCUAUAACGACAUCAAAAUCAACAUGCCACCCGACGUAGCCAAUCAAAUCGAGCGGUUCGAUGCCUACUACAAGCGCAAGUACAAGGGCCGCGUACUCAACUGGAAGAACGGGCUCGGCCACUGCAGCAUCACGGCCCGGGUCGUUUUGCUCACCUUCAACGAUGUUGAGGACGGCGACGCCUUGACAUAUCAGCAGAUAUCCCAGAUGACCAGCCUCGCCGGCGGCGAUCUAGAUCGGACCCUCCAAUCCCUAGCGUGCGGCAAGACAAGGGUUCUUACAAAACACCCCAAGGGGAGAGACGUCAAGCAGACGGACACAUUUACCUUUAACCGCGCCUUUUGGGACGACCGGUAUCGAAUCAAAAUCAACCAGAUCCAGAUGAAGGAAACAAAGGCAGAAAACAAGGCGACACAUGAGCGCAUUGUGCAGGACCGGCGGCUGGAGACCCAAGCAGCCAUUGUGCGGAUCAUGAAGUCGAGAAAAACCAUGUCCCAUGCGCUCCUAGUAGCCGAAGUGAUUGACAUGACCAAAAGCCGGGGUCCGGUCGAUGCGGCGCAAAUCAAGAAAGAAAUCGAAAGCUUAAUCGACAAAGACUAUAUAGAAAGGGAGGAUACAGUGUACAAGUAUCUAGCGUAG